CAGAAACGCAUCGCUAUCAAAACAUCAUCACUCCUUUUGUUUUCCACGAUGUCCCCAACUCGAACGAAAGCGUCCUGUCUUAUCCAAGUGCAAGCCCCACCUUGACCCCCGUCGUCCAAUGCUCCUCAGGGCCCAACACUGCGAAGCUCACGCCCUCCAGCCUUCAUCCAUGGUCUGCCCUCCGACAGCUUCAUGCGCACAUCACUUCGCAAGUUGCACGCGCCGAUCCUGCCAGAGAGCUAUGGUGCCUCCCAGGCUUAAGCGCAUGUCGAAUUCACUGCCCUUCUAUCUACCCUCGUCCACGUGUCAACCGCUGCCACUAGAGCAAUGCACCUCAACAACCGCCUGGUCUGGACAAUAUCAGACAGGCAAUUAAGCUACACCACGUCUUCUUCGCUUAAGUGGUUCCCAUCUGACCCCAGCCCUGUCAUGACAUGGCCGCCAAGUUUGCCUAGCCCGUCGGUCGUUUGCUUUGAUCUGCCGAGAGCUGGUUCCAGUUCGAGACUGACCUUAAUUCACACGCUCAGUCUGACAUGUGCUGUUCUGCGGCAAAUCUUUUGACGCAACAUUCGAGUAUAUUGGAACCAGAGCCCAGCGCCUGGCGUCCUGACAAGCGCAUUGCCAGUCUAUCAGCCCCAAGGGAAUGCAGAGGUAUCGAGUUGGCGCCCAAGACUACAUGCGCCGUCAACCAUCAUCGGAAGCGUGUGUGCUUUAAAGCCCCCAAAUUGGGCCAGGGGCUCUCAGCGAGGCGGUAUCAACAAAAAUUGCUAAUUUAUGGGGAACUUUUUGAAUCGGUGCUGGAGAGAGAGACUGCAUACUUAGACCGACGUAGCUUUGGGUUGUUGUCAGUUGUAGGUGCGCAAAUCGAGAAUUGAGAGAAGCU